AUGAACGAAUUCCGGAUCACGAGAGGCCAUUCGUGCACAGGCAAGGACUGCGUCCGGCCGCCCCCACGCUCCCCCCGUUCCGGGGACGGCCGCUCGCGCGCGGGGCGUUCUGCUGCCGCCCCGGCCCGGCCGAACCCGGACGCAGGGGGCGGCCUGGUCAUCGUCAGCGGAGACGGCCGCCGCUACGUGGAGGACAACAAACUGUGGACCACCUUGGGCAACGAGCUCCAGACAAAUGAUGUCGCCAGCGUCGGCAGCCCGGCGUCGACCGCCAGCUCCGGCCGGGAUAAUGCUUCGUCUUCGGAAACAGCGCUAUUCUUCGGCCGGCAGAGACUGGACAACCUGGCACUCCUGCACCCCUCGGCGGUUCAGGCUUUCAACCUUUGGCAGGCAUUCCUCAGCAACGUGCACCCCCUGACCAAGCUGCUUCAUGCGCCCUCGGUGCAGGAGACCAUCCUCAGGGCGGUCUCGGAGCCUUCCUCGAUGGCCCGGUCCACGGAAGCACUGAUGUUUGCCAUCUACCUUCUCGCUGUCGUCUCCAUGCCCGAUGAUGACUGCCGGAGAGUCCUCGGCGACACCAAAGAGAAGUUGCUCGACAAAUACUGCCGCGCCACCGAAGAAGCGCUGAACAGGGUAGACUUCUUGCGGUCGACCGACCUCGAAGUCUUCCAAGCGUUCGUGCUGUACUUGCUGGCCCUGCGCCACCUCUGCGACCACUCGAUCCUGUGGCUUUUGACGGGAUUGGCGACGCGUAUCGGUCAGCGAAUGGGCCUGCACCGUGAAAGCUCGCUGAAAGGGCUGUCGCCCUUUGAGGCCGAGAUGCGCCGUCGCGUCUGGUGGCAGGUUGUCAUCUUAGAUGGGCGUGCUGCCCAGCUCGCUGGGGCAUCCAUGAGGCCGGAUGGCGACCUGCUCCGCGACAUCAAGCAGCCCAUCAACAUCAACGACAGCGAUCUUGUUCCCUCCAUGGGCACGCUUCCCCCACCCUCGACGAGCGUCACAGACAUGGUGUUCUGCUCCGUCCGCUACGAGAUCGGCACCUGGAUGAUCCAAAAUGAUUCGCUGUUGGGGCCGACCCCGCCCGGCGAGUCGUCCAAAACCAAGUUCAUGAAGUCGAUCGACGAGCUCGAGUGCCAGCUGGAAGAGAAGUACCUGCGCGGAAUAGAUACCAACGUGCCUCUGAACCUCCUCACCACCUACCUCGCACAAUCGGCCGUCAGCCAGCUGAGGCUGUCGGUCUACGACCCCAUCCAUCAACCCGAGCGAGAUGCCGACCUCGGCCGUGACCAGCUCCACAUCAUCUUCGAGAACAGCUUGAAGGUCAUCCAGUUCGACAUCCUGGCCAACUCCACUCCGUCGCUUCGACGCUACAUCUGGCACGUCUCCAACUUCUUCCCCUUCGAGACCUUCGUCUUGCUCGUCAGCACUCUUCCGGGACGGGCUGCCGGCCCGAUAGUCGACGUUGCUUGGGACGUCAUCAACCAGGUCUACGAACUGCACCCCUGCUUCAUCACGGACACGUCGGACCCGCUGUACUCUGCCCUCGGGGACCUGACCCUGAAGUCGUGGAGCCGGUGGUGCGCGGUCGCGCGGGCGGCAGCGCUCGACCAGCCGCAUGAACCGCCUUGCAUUGCCAAGCUGUUGGCCGAACGGGGCGCCCCGCAGCCGGCAUUCGCCUGCGCGCCGAGCCUCGCGCAGGUCGAGAAUCCUCCUGCUCCUCCUCCGUCGACCACGGGUGACGUGGAGGUGGCAGCUGCUGUGCCGCAAAACCAGGGUGACUAUCCGCUGCCGCUGGUCGACGACAUGGAUGCCACCGUGGACUGGGCGUUUUGGCAGCAGUUGCUCGAGAGCUCGGGACCUGCCGGGUGGGAUCAGCAAGAUCUGUCUACUGUUGCUUCAUGGAUGGCGAACUUCGGCUAUCCCGGAUAG